CUCUUAUAUAUUCUAUCCGCCUGUUCGGUUGUCUCUGCACAGAACCCUGUGCUCUUUGAUUCCUAUACAAACGGAAGAUGUGCUGGUGGUAUAGUAGUUGGAACUACUGUUGUUCAGCCAGGGGACUGCAUUAGCUCCACAACUGCCUUUGCCAGUGCUCAGUAUCGAGGCAGCCAAUUCGACAAUGUGCAGCAGCCCGUGGUAUUCUACAGUGAAGAGGACUGCGCGAAUGAGAUUCAAGGGGUGGUAGCUGAGCUGGGUGAUGGAUACAACUGUUUUACCUUCAACAAUGGCCAGGCGAAAAGUGCAAAGUGGAUUGCGUAA